AUGGAUUCACAUAAUCAAAAUGCUUCUGAAUAUUCAAUCGAACCAGUGAUGGUUCGCCGACAAAUAGUAUCUAAUGAUGUGAGAGAAAGUAUAAUAAACAAAUCUUUGGAUGGAUAUUCAACCAAAGAUAUUGCUCAACUGUUCAACAAGAAAUACCAAACCGUUAACAGUAUUUUGAAAAAGUUCUUUAAAACGGGGGAAGUUAUUCCAUCUAAACGUGGUGGAGAUAGAAGAUCUAAGCUAACAGACGAAAUGAAACAAGAAUUAGUUGAAUAUGUUGAUGAAGAUUGCACCAAAUCUUUGAAGGAUUUGAGCGAAUGGAUAUUUUUCAAAUUUAAUUUAAAAUUAUCACUGAGCACCGUGGCCAAGGCUUUAAAUUCUUUUCAUUAUACUCUUAAAAGAAUUACAUUAAUACCAGAAAGAAGAAACUCAGUUUCAACUAUAGAAAGCAGAGGACAAUAUGCAACAGAUUUUAGAAAUCUGGAAGCUUUGCAUAAUGAUAAAGCUUUAAUAUUUUUGGAUGAAGUUGGCUUUAAGGUCGUUACAAGACCUUCUCGAGGAAGAAGUAAAGCUGGACAUUCGGCAUAUUUAUCAGUUUCGGCAUCCCGCAGUCGAAACAUAUCGGUGGUAGCUGCAAUGAAUAAAUAUGGGAUGUUAUUCCAUAAAAUUCAUGAUAAGGCAGUUAACGGAGAAGAUUUCAAAACCGUUUUACUAGAAAUAAAAGCAUUAUGUUUAUCGAAAGAUAUUACUAAUCCUAUUUUUAUUAUGGAUAAUGCGAGGAUUCAUCACUACCGUGGACUGGAAAAUGAUACUGAAGUAUCAACUAUAAUCAGGAAAUUUUUGCCACCAUACUGUCCAUUUUUAAAUCCUAUUGAAAAUGUUUUUUCAGUAUGGAAAAACUUAGUAGUCCGUGGUAAUGCCAAGAAUGAAAAAGAUCUUAGAUGCCUAAUUACAUCUAAAUUCAAAGAAAUAACAAGUGAACAUUGCGGAUCCUUCUACAGAAAGAUGUUAACGUAUUUGAAUAGAUGCUCAAAUUCUGAAGUAAUUCAAGAAUAA